AUGGCAGAAGCACAGACGACAGUCCGUCUCCCCCACCGGCUGGGCUGCAUGGCCUGCCUGUCUUGCCUGUGUCUGUCUCCCCUGCGCCCGCCCACGCACGUUGUCGAAAGCCACCCGGAGUGUCGAUUUCUGUGGCUGUGGCACUCGGACAGUCACCGGGCGGACGAGGUCCAAUGCCGUGUGUCCGCCAAACGCCCACAGACCGUCGACGCGUUCGGGGGUCUUUUGGGCCAUGAGAUUUUGGACUGCGCGCGCCGCCGGCCCUUUGCAUGCAGGCCGCCGCAUGGCGGCUCCCUCUCCGUGCCGGUCCGGUCCCCUGCAGAGGCGGGCGUGCGCUUUUCGACCCAAGCACCGCACCAGACCUCGACAGGUCUCGACAAGCAAGACCAGACCAGACAAGACCAGAGCACCAGUGGGGGCCGGAGAAAAAGGGAAGCAAAAGACACCGGCGGGCGCCUCAUGGCGAGCCGUCGCAUAAGCUAGCAGGACCCGUGUGACGCUAGUUGAAGAAGGGAAUCACAGCCCGCCGCGCUGGCCUCGGCUUCUUCAGGGCAGCAGCCCAG